UAGAAAAUGAAGGGGUGGGGGGACAGAGAUGAGUAUAAAAGCUUUGCUGUGAGGAAUUAGGAAAUGUUCCUGAGGAGAAAAUUCUGAGACAUUUUCCAAAACUUCACUUCGUAAGUUUCUUUCAAGACAGGCAGAUAAAUAAGCCCCAUGAUGAGGAGCCUUCUUCAGUUUCUGGCACUCUGUGCUGCAGUCUCCCUCUGUGUCUGCUAUGAGUCUCAUGAAAGCACAGAAUCCAAUGAAGAUCUGUUUGUGCCUCCAAACCGUGCCAACUCAUUCAUCCCACCGCAGAGAGGCAACGUAUACAUCCCGUCCAGAAGGAAUGGCUACAACAAUUACAACUUCAUGAGGACAUAUAAGUCUCUCGCGGAAAGACGUGCAGAGAUCUGCGAGGACUUCUCUCCCUGCCGCAACUACGCCUAUCACCACGGCGUUCAGAAGGCCUACACCAGAUACUUCAGAGCUAGAAACCAACCACAGCGACCUGCUGUGACUCACCGAUACUAAACUGGACCUGACAUGCAGAAGUCUCAUUAUCUUCUGGUCCUUUAUUCCACAUAUCACGAAGUUUAGAUAAUUUAUGUAUAUGUUUUUGUGGGAUCUUUUAGCAAAAACACAUUUUUAUAAACACCAAGGCAUCCAGUGUGGCUCAAAUCUCACAGCAAGCCCAUCAUUAUACUCAUGUAGAAAUUUACAGCCUAUUUCUUGUGUAAUCUCAGGAUGACUUUUAUCUAAUAUAAUCGCAUGAUCCCAGCAUUUAUGGGCUUUACGGGAUAUGCUUGAGUGAAGUGUUUUGCUCACUUUUCCACUAUUUCUUACAAUAACCACCUAAUUAUGCUGUCAGUGAUCAUUUCAAUCGCUUUGAAAAUAAACAAAUAAAAUGACUUUUAAUGAG